AAUGUUUUUGUAGGAGGCGUGGCUUGCGCGGUCAAGGUGUCACAAGACUAAUGACUGGUAUUUAUAAGAAAAAAAUACUACAACUGUAAUACACAAGUAUUUUUCAGAUCGUGUAAUACACAAUAUUAGUUUUGUACUCCAACAAUAGAAUAAAAAAAAUGACCAGUAUCAAAGAUUUCAGCUAUGUUUUACUUUUCAACUGUGCAAUGGCGAUCGUUCAAGCCCUGGGAACAGCUAUUGUGACAGUACCCUUGGAGGAUUCCGUUUGGGGACCUAAAACCCACCAUGAGCGACCAAGGAGCCCCUGUAACCGGAGGUGUGAUUACGGAUAUGAUACGGAUAUUGAGGGAAACUUCAUCUGUAAAUGCAAUGACCCGUGUCAGAAUGUGUAUUGUUUUGGUGGAUCGUCAUGCAUUAUUUCCAAAUCUUGUAGCAGAGGGACAUGCAGACUCGAUGCUUCUUGCAAAGACCCAAGACCUCAGAAAGACACCAGUUCCACAUCAUCUCCAAAAAGUCAGGGUUACGGAGACGCUACGUAUGACACUGCCAAUUUCGUCCGAACAAACGCAGUUACAAUCUGCAGCCAGCCUCUGUCCAACGACAUCUUCAACUGCCCCAAGCGAACACGACGUUAUAUGUAUGAUACUGGCAAGGGCCGAUGCGUUCGAUUUUGGGGUUGUAGGAAACCUGGAAACAACUUCGACAAGAGGAGGACCUGCAAAGAGACGUGCAUUACUCCUUACAAAGGCAAAAUUAAAAGGCAUCGGCUAAGACCAAGAAAUGAGCAAUGUUCACUUCCUGUUGAGAAUAUGAUCGUUGUUUGUUCCGGAAAGCUGCGAAGACGCUGGGUCUAUGACGUCAUGAAAAACAAGUGUGUGAAAAUCAAAGGAUGUCCACGACACGGAAACAACUUCAAAAAACGGUUAGAAUGCAAAUUCAAAUGCGUGCGCCGCAGGAAAUGGAGGAAACUAAGUUGAAAAUCUUACAGGGUUAUUUAGUGUUAAUAACUAAAGUUAUAAUCGUAGAGACAACUGAACGAAAGUGUUGCCUAUCAAACAUUCAAUCGCAGCAAAACAAGUUCCCGUUAGUUGAUUCAGUUUAUUGGACUUGAUGCGUUUCUUGAGUAAAAUGGCAUGGAGUGUUCCUUGAAGAGAUGUCACUCGACGCCCAUUCCCGUUCCUGUCAGCUAUGGCGGCAGGACCGCCAUUGUCACCGACACGGAGUCUUCUAGAUUCUACGCAUAAAUAAACCACAUCGAAGUACAUUGUUCUCAUCGCUGUGUGCAAAGGACGAGAGAUUUUUUUCCCCUUUUUACAAUCUUGUUAUUUUUAUUGAUUUAUGUUUUAUAUAUGUUUUUUUUUAAAUUGUUGACAAUAAAAUGAAGAAAACCUUU